GCAAGCACGAAAGUGAGUAAAUAGCAGCAUACCGUGAAGAACGUGGUUGAACUCAGUCGGUGGUUUCGUCUGCUGACGCAGCUAACGACUAACGCAACCCAGGUACCAAUAGAAAGCAUCUAUUUUUAACCACCAGCCAGGGCACCAUUACUCUCUGUGGACCGAUCGUCUCCUGCAUAAUCGUUAUUGCUACCGGAUUCCUGCUGCCUUUUGACCUAGACCUUUGAUUCGAUCAGAUGAUUAAUGUCACACGACCAAGCCGGAGUUUAGGAAAAGGUUCAUAAAAACGUGGCAUUCAUAUGCUGGAAGAGUUGGAAUAAUCAAGGUAGCUUGCGGGAGCAACGAACGUAGGCCGGAUCGAUCGUAAAAAUAACUUUCCAAAUCACGUGCCGUUUUCACUUUCUAGCUCAAAAAUAGAACAAAACAAAUAGGUGAUUUACGUUAGCCGUAUUCUUACUAUUGAAAGGAAGCUGUGGCAUAAUGUGCGGCCAAGAACAACGGGUUUGGUCACACUAUUUUCUAUGUAUGCAAGGGCUUGUUCUAUGUGACACGAACAUUGGCGAUCUUCACUAACAUCAUCGAUUCUAGCUCGCUUGCCAUGGGACAUGCUGGCUUAGCAGAUGGCACAAUACGAAAGAUAGACAGUGACCGUCACGAAACGGUAAAUUAUUUAUAAUCAACACAUUUCGGUUCGCUGUUUAGUUGUUAAACAUUUUCAGUCCUGUUUCGUGCGCAGAACCUACCGAAGCUGUCUCUGGCAGAGUGGUCAGGUCACACAAUUCUAAUAUUGUCGUCAGUUGAGCAUGAAUGCUCCGUAGCAACACGUUGGCGGUUCGAAUUGUUAACAAACCCUUGUUCUUUCUGCACCGUAGAUGGUGCCAAGUAAAGAAUAAGGAAUAUUAAAAGCAAGCCAUACAAACCAACGGUCAACAGGAAAACAAAAAUUCGUGGAUAACUGUUAAACAUCAUGUCGACGUUUGAAGUGACCUCAGAAUUGUACGCUGAGGCAGAGUUUUGCAGUACGGAGACGGGUAAUGGUCAUUCGAUUUCUAAAUUUACCUUCGUCUAUCCAAAUCAACGCGCGAAGGAAGUGAAAGGUGAUCAAACGGUUCUCAAAAAUGGUUAUGAUAAACAAACAGCAGCCGACAGCCAAAGUCCACGACCAUCUUCCAGGGAAAGCGUUGCAGAUAGUGUUGAACCUGAAGAAGAUACCGAAGAAUCGGAAUUUGAUUAUGAUGAUGGAGAAUGUGAUGAGGAAUCGGAUGGGACGACGACGGCGACUACAGCUUCUCCACUGCCCAUCGAAAUAGACAAAGACGGCGAUCUCAUAGUUGAACGACAAAAACGAGGAGUUAUAGAGAUUGAACAUAGGAAAUCUACUAAACUGGAUUUGGUAGGUCUACAAAUCUGGCGCGGGGCGUUGCUUUUGGCGGAUUACAUUUUUCACAACGAGCGAAAGUUCAAACAAAGUCAUAUUCUUGAGCUUGGAUCUGGCGUUGGAUUAACGAGUAUUGUCGCCAGCAUGUACGCCAGGGAGGUGAUUUGCACCGACAUUGACAUUGGCGGUCUGCUAGACCUAAUACGAGGAAAUCUACAAAGAAAUUCACACCUAGCAAACCCACACUGCCGGGUGGAUGUGAGUGAAUUGGACUUUAAAGUAAGCUACCAAGACUAUCCUCGUCAGCUGAAAGAUCGACUACAACACAUUCAAUAUGUAAUAGCUGCAGACGUAAUCUACGAUGACGACAUAACGGAAGCAUUCGUUCGGACGAUUGUAGGUCUGCUGCUGAAACUGCCAAAACUGAAAGCGAUUUACAUCGCGUUGGAGAAACGCUACGUUUUUACGUUGGAGGAUAUGGAUUCCGUGGCACCAUGCUACGAUUAUUUCCUCAACUAUUUCCAGAAGCGCAAUAACCGGUUUGGAGUAAAUCGCUGGAAACUUAUUAACGUAUGCAUCGAUUUUCCUCGGUACUUUGACUACGAGAAAGUGAAAGACCUAGUGUUGUUGAAAAUAUGCCAUGCUAGUAAGUGAUAAGAGAAGGCGACACAUGUGGUCAAGCAUGUAAGAGUGUUUUAACCAAAUUUGGCUGAAUACAAACAAACAAGCAUU